AUGGAUAAAAUAGAGCAGCUGCGAAGAGAGAUUGCGGAAAAGGAGGCGGAGCUGGUGCAGUUGCGAGCGCAGCUUGUCGACGCUGAAAAGCUGAGCGCUGGGAUUGAAAAUGACAAGGAUGAAGGCGAGGGAGAGUGGAAGUGGCCGCUUGCGGAGAGCGAUUAUGAGAGGUAUAGCAGACAGAUGAUUGUGCCCAACUUUGGCCUCCAAGGUCAGCUAAAUAUCAAGCACGCCAAGGUCCUCCUUGUCGGCGCAGGUGGCCUGGGGUGUCCUGCGGCGGCGUAUCUCGCUGGUGCUGGUGUUGGGACGCUGGGUCUUGUGGAUGGCGAUGCGGUUGAGGCGUCGAAUCUGCAUCGGCAGGUUGCGCAUUCGACGGACAGGGUUGGGAUGAUGAAGGUUGACAGCGCCGUGACGUAUUUGAAGGGAUUGAAUCCUACAAUUACGUAUCGUGCUCAUGCUACACAUCUCACGCCUCAAAACGCCGAGGAAAUCGUCUCUCAGUAUGACCUUGUUCUCGACUGCACAGAUCAUCCCACCUCACGCUAUCUCAUCUCCGACAUUUGCGUUCUUCUCUCCAAACCACUCAUCUCUGCCUCUGCAUUCCAGACCUCGGGCCAGCUCAUUGUGCUCAACAAUCCUCCCGGAAAGGGCCCCUGCUACCGCUGCGUCUUCCCAAAGCCUCCUCCCCCGGAGAGCGUCAUUGGCUGUGGCGAGGGGGGGAUCAUAGGGCCUGUGGUGGGUGUCAUGGGUGUAUUGCAGGCACUGGAAGCGAUCAAAUUGCUUGUACGGGGGGAUCACUUGAAGAGUCGUGCUGGGGAUGAAGAAGCCGUGAAACAGGUUGGGAUGCUACUCUUCAGUGCCAUGGGCGAUGUUCCGUUCCGGACGGUCAGGAUGAGGGGUAAGAGGAAAGGAUGCUUUGCUUGUGCAGGGGAUGAUUCGGCUUUGACGCUGAAUGAGCUCAAGACUUCGAUGGAUUAUAUCCAGUUUUGCGGCGUCAAUCAGCCCGUCAAGCUGCUUCAGCCAGAGGAGCGCAUUUCAGUGGUCGAGUACGAGCGGAUAUCACGGGAGAGCAAGACUCAUCUCUUGCUCGAUGUGAGAGAAAAGGAGCAUUUCGGCUUGUCCAACAUUCGGGGCUCCAUCAACAUUCCCAUUGGACGGUUUACAGCUCAUCGCGGAGAAGGAUCAGAGCUGUCUGAUUUGAUACCAGGGGAUGUGCCCCCUGAUGCACCGAUAUACAUUGUGUGCCGAGUGGGCAAUGAUUCGCAGAUUGCGACGAAAAAGUUGAAAGACUUGGGGGUAGAUCGUAAUGGGGAGCGUUUCAUUGGGGAUAUCUUGGGUGGGUUAAAGGCUUGGAAAGCUGCCGUUGAUCCGAGUUUGCCUUUCAUAUAG